AUGGGGGUGCCGAAGGAAAACUUAUUCGGCGUGGACUAUCUUGGGCCGAACAAGAUUACCGAUCGGGAGAUCGCCAAGCUUCGAGCAGAGUACCACAUUCCCGACUCGGUACGGAUGAGAAUCCCGGGUCCUACCGAAUCCCUCAGUGCGCCGAAGGACGGCGAAAUAGUUUUCUUUACCGACGUCCUUGUGCAAGGCGUUCGGUUGCCGUUGCAGCCGGCGGUGCAGAGGAUUCUAGCCCAGAUCGGCUACGCCCCGGGGCAAUUCAACCCCAAUUUCUGGGUGGCCCUCAUGGGAGUGAUAACGGCCUUCGGCAUGGCCGGCGAAGGGAGCCCCUCCUAUGAGCAGUUCUCCCAUCUCUACAGUGUCACCAAGUCUAAGUGUGCCGACCACGGUGGAUGGGUGCAGGCGAACUGCCUCAGGGCUGCCGAUCGAGGCCCACUUUGUCAGCUGGGUACCGACUUCACAGAAGUCGUGGAGAAAUCGGCGGGUGCUCCUCUCGGGCGACUGGGAGUCGCCUUCGGGACAGCCCUGUCCGAUUUCGCAUUCCUACAACCUUCCAGAUGGCCGGUAGGUAAGCUGAAGCAGCCGAUCGCAACACAGGCCGAGAUUCAGCAGGUGGAGAGAGUGAGGAGGAAAGUCCCUGCCGAGGAGAGAGUGUAUCCGCAGUUCCUCUUCACCAACAAUCUGAUCCGGGCCCAACUGAUCGAUCCUGCCGAGAGUAAGUACACUUCGUAUUUACGAAUCGUUUCUUUUGUUCUGUUGCGGGUCUUACCGAACCCUUUUCUCGUAGUGACGGAAGACAGGAGAGCUGCCGAGGCCAAGAGGAUGAACGAGUCCUCCAAGCGCCGUCUCAUGAUGGGCCUUCCAGGGGAAGAAGAAGAAGACCCAGCCGCAAGGCUCGGCAUCGGUCGACCCAAGAGGACCAGACACUGGCCGACCGCCUCCGUGAGCUUAACGCCGAAUCGGCACAGGCAGAGCGGCAGCGGCCGACCCUUCUCCCCGCCGAGGAGCCACUACCGAAGGGCUUCCUCCCGAGCGGCCGGCAAACGGCCUUUUACUGUCGAUCUAGAUGCCGAAACCGGCCCCCCAAAACGCGGACGGCAGGCCGAGCCAACUCGGGCCAUCUUUGCCGCCGAAAAUGACGAGGAGCCUUCCGAUCCCGUCACCCUGGCCUGUCCGUCGAAGACGGUCCAGUUCGCGAACCACAUGAUCAUUGGUUCGCAAAUGGAGCUGAGCGAGAUCGAGGAGCUGCCGAAGAGGCUCCUUCGGGAGGAGGCGGGCUUCGAUGGACAUGUGGCUUUGCAUGAAGCGGGCCAUCAAUGCCUCGAGAAGGCGAAGAAGGCCUACGACGACGGCAGGGCCAGGGUUGCCGAGGCUGGCAAGGCUAUCCAGGACCAUGCGAACCUGCUGUCGGCUAAGGAGGCUCUGGAGGCAAAGGAUGCCGUUGAGGUGGCUCUGGAGGAGUCGGAGCGUGCCAAAGCAUCGGAGAUUGAGGCUGCCGUCCAGGAGGCCAUUCGGAAGUAUCGCCACUCUACCGAAUUCUCUACCUUGCUCGACAAGGAGGUGGGCUCGGAGAUGGUGGAUCUCAUCUACCGAUUCAAGCGGUACAAUCCUGGGACGAAGCUCAAUCUGAACUUUAUUGCCGAUCCUCCUCCCCUUCCCGAAGGCGUCACAGGAAGAAAUGAUCGAAGAAUACGAGGGGAGAGACGCUCCGGAGGAGACCGAAGCUGCUGCUGCCGAAGGGGCGGAUGCCGAGGGCCCUUCAUCCUGAUCUCGGUCAUUCUUUAUGUACUUUUGAUGCCGAUGGCAUUUUGCAAGGUGACUUCAUUUGAAAUAGUACUUCAAAUGCUCUACGUUCCAAGGAUGACCGAGGGUCUUUCCGUUGGAGUCUCUGAGUCGAUAAGUCCCCGAUCGCUGGAUACCGAUGAUUUCGUAGGGUCCCUCCCAGGAAGGUCCGAGGGUUCCUUCCGUGGGAUUCUUGGUUGCCAAGGAGACUUUCCGCAUGACCCAAUCUCCGAUUCGGAAAGAGCGGGAUCUGACCCUGGAGUCAUAGUACCGAGAGACGCGUUGUUUGUAAGCUUCGUUCCGAAGGUUGGCUUGUGCUCGGCGUUCUUCGAGCAGGUCGAGGCUCAAAGCGAGUGCUUCCUCAUUUGCCUUCGGUGCGAAGGUUUCCGUUCGGUAGGAGGGCUCUCCAAUUUCUACUGGGGACUACUGCCUCUGAACCGAAAGCCAUAG